AACUCACCCAAGUGGAUAAAAAAAUAAAAAAUACGUUGCGGAAGUGACGACAUUACGGAAACUACAGUCUCAGCUAUCGUAAAUGAAAUUGUAGUCCACAAAUAAACGGCAGAAUAAAGACGUCGACGAAAAGGCUGCAGGUCCUAAUGUGGAGGCGGAGCAGAACUUGCGUUGAGCACGUGCCUGUGUUGCCAUGGGGUCACCCCCCUUGUUCCUGCUCCUCCUGGGCCUGACCCCUAUGCUCCGCCUGACUGUUCAUACCUUCCACACGUCCGCCCCUCCCCCGGCUCCUCCUCCCUCCUGUGGGCCGGGCCAGUCCUGGGCCGUCCGGCUGCACACAGACUCAGAGCUGCUGGAGGCUGAAGGCUCCACCCUUCACGAGCUGGCCAGCAGGGUGGCUGAGCAGGCUGGCCUGGAGAACAGGGGCCAGAUAGGGCAGCUGGAAGGCCACUACCUGCUCUGUGCCGGGCCUGAGGAGGAGGGCAGGCCGGGGGAUGUGCUGGCAGCCCACCCUCAUGUGCUCUGGCACUCCCAGGAGCAGGUCCUCAGCCGCUCCAAGAGGGCAAUAGCCUUCAACGACCCCAGAUACCCAUUACAGUGGCACCUGCACAACGAUGUCAGGGUGGGCAUGGACAUCAAUGUGACUGGUGUAUGGGAGCACAACAUCACAGGGACAGGGGUGACAGUGGUGGUCGUGGACGAUGGGGUUCAGCACACCCUCCAGGACAUUCAGCCAAACUAUAGUCCAGAGGGCAGUUAUGACUUGAACUCCAACGACCCGGACCCCAUGCCCCACCCGGACGCCCGCAGUGACAACCACCACGGCACGCGCUGCGCUGGGGAGAUCGCCGCUGUCUCCAACAACAGCUUCUGCGCUGUGGGCGUGGCCUAUGGCAGUAAAGUGGCAGGUAUCAGAGUCCUGGAUGGGCCGCUCACAGACAGUAUGGAGGCGGUGGCUUUCAACAAGCACUACCAGAUCAACGAUGUCUACAGCUGCAGUUGGGGUCCUGACGAUGAUGGCCGCACUGUCGAUGGACCACACCCCUUGGGCAAGGCGGCACUGCAGCACGGUGUGAUUGCUGGCAGACGGGGAUUCGGCAGUAUCUUUGUCGUCGCCAGUGGCAACGGGGGCCAGUACGAGGACAACUGCAACUACGAUGGCUAUGCUAACUCAAUCUACACUGUUACCAUUGGAGCCGUAAAUGAGGAAGGGAAGAUGCCCUUCUAUGCUGAGGAGUGUGCCUCCAUGCUGGCUGUCACCUUCAGCAGUGGGGGCAGAACGCUGCGUAGUAUUGUGACGUCAGACUGGUCACUACAGCAGGGCACGGGCUGUACUGACGGGCACACGGGCACCUCGGCGGCGGCACCCCUGGCGGCUGGCAUGGUGGCUCUGAUGCUGCAGGUCCGGCCCUGUCUCACCUGGAGAGACGUGCAGCACAUCAUCACCUACACAGCCACACAGUAUGAUGUGCAAGGGGACUGGAAAAUCAAUGGAGCGGGCUUCCACCACAGUCACCAGCACGGCUUCGGCCUGCUCAACGCCUGGCGGCUGGUCAACGCUGCCAAGGUGUGGGAGAUGGUGCCAUUCCUAGUGUCCUAUCAGAGCCCAGUGCUGAAGGAGGAGGCUCUUGUCCCAGCCUAUCCGGAGCAACUCAACCUAACCUGGAACGUAACUGCAGCUGACCUCAGGCAGUCCGGGAUGCAGACCUUGGAGCACGUGUCUGUCACCUUGACGCUGGUCCAUACUCGCCGCGGCAGCGUGGAGAUCGUGCUGCUCUGCCCCAGUGGAAUGACCUCACUCAUCGGGGCGCGCCGUGCUCUGGAUACGGAUACCUCGGGUUACUCAGACUGGACGUUCUCCACUGUGCGCUGCUGGGGAGAGGGAGCUGAAGGCCAGUACAGGCUGCAAGUCUCUGACCACAGUAAGGAAGAGCCUGCGUUGCCCCUGGGCUCUCUGAAGCACUGGAAGCUCACUCUGUACGGCUCCUCUCUGUCCUUCGAAGAGGUCAAGAAGAGACAGAGUGUGGUGGAGGAGGCUAUGGGGGGGCAGUAUCUGGACAGCAGUUUCUCCCUGCCCUGUCCUGCAGGCAUGGACAUCCCCCCUGAAACAGUCAGCCCGUUCACAUCCAGCAGCCUCAAGUCUCUGCUACUGCUGGGCUGCUUCGCUCUCUUCUGGUCCCUGUACUACACCCUGGAGGUGACCCUGGCCAACCUGGACUUUAGAGGGCUGUGUUGGUGGGACAGGGGGACGCGGGGCUCCCACAGGGGGCUGGAGAUGCUCUGAGCUGGAGAAAACGGUGUCUGUUGGACUCAUCACUGGAGACGCUGCCACAUAACACUGGAGAAAACCUCUGUCCUCUUCCCCCUUCGACCUCCCACCCACCUCUCAUCAGUCGAGGCCUGCUGUGACCCCAGUGGGGCAAACUGAACUGGACUGGAGACUGAACUAGGUGGGCUGGAACUGUGAUCUCACUGGCCCACCCAUCGCUCCCCAAGCCUGUGGCCUUUUAUCAGCGUUGCAGAGCCCCAAGCCUGUGGCCUUUUAUCAGCGUUGCAGAGCCCCAAGCCUGUGGCCUUUUAUCAGCGUUGCAGAGCCCCAAGCCUGUGGCCUUUUAUCAGCGUUGCAGAGCCCCAAGCCUGUGGCCUUUUAUCAGCGUUGCAGAGCCCCAAGCCUGUGGCCUUUUAUCAGUGUUGCAGCGCCCCAAGCCUGUGGCCUUUUAUCAGCGUUGCAGAGCCCCAAGCCUGUGGCCUUUUAUCAGCGUUGCAGAGCCCCAAGCCUGUGGCCUUUUAUCAGCGUUGCAGAGCCCCAAGCCUGUGGCCUUUUUAUCAGCGUUGCAGAGCCCCAAGCCUGUGGCCUUUUAUCAGCGUUGCAGAGCCCCAAGCCUGUGGCCUUUUAUCAGCGUUGCAGAGCCCCAAGCCUGUGGCCUUUUAUCAGCGUUGCAGAGCCCCAAGCCUGUGGCCUUUUAUCAGCGUUGCAGAGCCCCAAGCCUGUGGCCUUUUAUCAGCGUUGCAGCGCCCCAAGCCUGUGGCCUUUUAUCAGCGUUGCAGAGCCCCAAGCCUGUGGCCUUUUAUCAGCGUUGCAGCGCCCCAAGCCUGUGGCCUUUUAUCAGCGUUGCAGAGCCCCAAGCCUGUGGCCUUUUAUCAGCGUUGCAGCGCCCCAAGCCUGUGGCCUUUUAUCAGCGUUGCAGCGCCCCAAGCCUGUGGCCUUUUAUCAGCGUUGCAGAGCCCCAAGCGUAUGUGAGUAAGUGUACUGCGGAGGAUCAACCUAAACCCUCUGGAUCUCUCAGGACCCUCCGGUCUCACCUAGCAGUGCUAUAGAGGUGGUAGUUUGGCCUGGUCUUUGGGUUGAAGUAUGUAUCACUAGUUUGAUUCAGUCCCUUACCUGGGUCUUUUAGUGUGGGAUUAGACGGCAUGCUGGACAACCAGCCAGAGCAGCACUCCUGGGGUCGUUUCCUGGACAAUGACUAUCCUGGACUAAAAAGAAAGAUCAAUUCCGAAUAUCCGUUGGAAAUGCUUUUUAGCCCAGGAUUAGGUUAUAGUCUGGGUCCGUAAACUUCAAGGGCCGGUUAAAUCAGUCUUCCAAAGCCUAUUAGGUGUGCACCAUGGGAAGGCAUUACAAUGCUGUGUGUGAAUGCGUUUUUAAAAUGUAAAUGGUGUGACGGUUUUGAGGAUGUGUGACGGUGUGUGAGUGGAGUGCUCUUGAGAUUAUGGCUGCUUUUGAAGUUAUUUAUUUUAUUAAAAUGUUUGCAUUGUAAUUUCAGAAAAUGUCUAAUACACUGUGUACAAAACAUGAAACACCUUCCUAAUAUUGAGUUGCCCUCAGAACAGUCUCGAUUUGUCAGGGCAUGGACUCUACAAGGUGUCAAGCGUUCCACAGGGAUAAUGUUCCAUGUUGACUCCAAUGAUUCCCACAAUUGUCAAUUUGACUGGAUGACCUUUGGAUGGUAGACCAAGUUGGUUUUGGUCCACCAGCCUCAAACAACUGUUUGAACAGUGCUUGUUUUCUCGCAAACUGAAAUUGAGCGAAGAGUGUAGAAUUUUUGCAACCAGGAAAUGUAUAAUUUCCACAAGAUAACACAGCCACGAUGUCAGAACAGCUUUCCUAUUUUGACAACAGAUUAUGUUCCGGUGGCAAUCAGUAGGCAAAUAUCACAGCCAAUCCCAACACUAUCAUUCCACUAUUAGUGCCAGAUAUAUUAUGGACAUUUUCUGAAAUUACAAUGCAAAAAUUCAAAGAAAUACUGUGUGUAGCAGCUUUAAAGCUACAAUAUGUAACUUUUUGGGCGACCGGACCAAAUUCAUAUAGAAAUGUGAACUCUUUCAUUCCUGUUGAAAGCAAGUCUAAGAAGCGGUAGAUUUGUUCUAUGUGUGCUACUUCUAUGCUUCCCGUACUGAAGUUUUGUUUUUGCUUAUUUUACUUUCGGUUUAGUACACUAACUUCAAACAGCUGAAUAUACAAUCUUUUUGGUUAUGGAAGAUAUAUUUCACAGCGGUUUAGAUGGUACAGUGGUUCUCUACACUAUGACUGAUUGUUUUGUCACAAACUGAAAUUACGGCAACUAUUCUCAUUUUAGCAACCAGGAAACGAUGGAGCGAUUUCUGUGCAUUUUUUAAGUGAAUUAUUUUGUAAACAGACCUCCCGUUUGGAGUGUUAUUUUGUGCAGACUAUAUACAUUUUUCCAGUACUUGAACUUGAUUUGGGAUCUGAGUGCAGGAUUGAAUGUUUUAUUUUUUUAAUCAACUGUAAAAUAUAUACACGUGUGUGUGUGUGUUGUACAUCUAUAUAUCAGAGUUUGAUCAUUUUUAUGAACUGAAACAUAUUAAAGAUUUUAUUUUUAUUUACUGAACUGGAAGCCUGUGUUUUGCUGUGCAAGUCACCGCUUGACUGAGUAAAAUGAAUAAAGAUUGUUGAUGGAG